GGAGUGAUAAGUGGCUCACUUUACUAACAGAGAGACAUGUGAUAAGUGUUGAACAGUCAUGGGGAUGCUGCCCCACUUUGUUAUGGAAGUUUGAGAUGCCAAGCAUGCCGAAGCUACAAGGCUCGAGACCCCUGGGAGAAUAGUACUUUUAUGAUAACACGGGCCUUAUGAUCGGCCAUGGCUGCCUGGGCUGCGGAAACACGGCCUGCUGGAUUGAGAGGAAGAUGAUGUCAGACGCCAGUGAGAUGUUGGCAGCAGCCUUGGAGCAGAUGGAUGGGAUCAUUGCAGGCUCCAAGGCCAUUGAUUACACCAAUGGGCUGUUUGACUGCCAGUCGCCAACUUCUCCCCUCCUGGGUGGCUUCAGGGUGCUUCACCUCCUGGAGGACCUCAGAGCUGCGCUGGAGCUGAUGGACAACGAGGAACGGGACAACCUGCGCUGUCAGAUCCCAGAUUCCACUGCAGAGGGACUUGCUGGGUGGCUGCAUGGAAGAAUGACCAACGUCCACAGCUCUGAGGCAGUCUAUCAAGAGCGUCUUUCACGGCUGGAGAGCGACAAAGAAUGUCUUAUUCUUCAGGUCAGUGUGCUAACAGACCAGGUGGAGGUGCAGGGAGAAAAGAUUCGGGAUUUGGACAAAAGUUUGGAGCUUCAUCGGGAAAAGCUAAAUGCUGCUGAGGAGCUACUUCAACAGGAGCUGUUAAACCGGACAGCGCUGGAGACCCAGAAGCUGGAAUUGAUGACCGAGGUGUCGAGCCUGAAGCUGAAGCUGACUGCUUUGGAGAGAGACCACAGGGGCAAUGAGGGUUUGUACCAGGAAGUGACAGACCUGAGGUUUAGGAUGACGGACAUAGAGAAUGAAAGACUGCAGUGUGAGAAGAAGCUAAAAGGAGCCAAACAUCCAAAGGGGAACUCAAAGCGCUUCACUGGAGAUGGGGUGAAGGAGGAGCUGCAUGAUCUGCAGAGGCAUCUGGAGGAGCAGGACGAGGAACUAAGAAGGUUGAAGGGGGAGGCCCACAACAGAAUUACUGGGGGAGAGAGAGAUACAGAGGUGGUGAAGAUGAAGAGGGUGUUGGAGCUGCUGACAUCGGAGAAUGAUGAGAAGGAGAGGAGGAUUAAAGAGCUCGAGGAGUCGCUGACGAAGUGCAGGAGAGUGCAGGAGUUGGUCAGAGAGAAGCUAAAGGAAGAUGACUACGCCGAUAUCACAGAUGAUCCCUCGCUUUCCGUGUCCAUGGAGGUGGAUCAGGUCACCCUGGAGUUGGAGGGGGAGACGGGAAGGAGCUGCGAUGAGUCCAUACCUUGUAUAGCCGUCCUUUCUGAAAUGAAUGAGCUGGACAGAGAACGACAGCUACAAGCAGCAGAAAGCUCCGUAGAUGAUCCACAAAGCGACGGUUCGGCUGUAACCAGCAGCACUGAGCAGGUUAAAAGAGAAGCAGGAUCCAGUUCUUCUUCCAAGGGAAAAACUAACGUUGGGAGUUUUGGCAGCAAGAGGGUCCGUGCCUCAUUUGGCCGCGGCUUUUUUAAGCUACGUGGAGGCAAACAGACGGCCGGCUCAUCAGACCUUGCCGAGGCAGAACGUAAAGGCACCGAGCACCUCGACCUCGCAGGUGUUCCUCCCCAAAAAUCCCACCGCGCCGCUCCUCUCCCAUCAUCUCCUGAAGCCAAGAAGAAGUCGAGCGGGUUGAGGAAAUUCUUUGGCAGACUAAAGAGGAGCCACUCCACCUCAUUCAACCCGGAUGAUGGAGCUGAGACGGAGUUCAGGAGGGGCGGAGUCAGAGCCACGGCUGGUCCUCGGCUCGGCUGGUCACGAGACUCAAAGCACAAAGCUGUGGACACUCCUUUCUCUCGGUGGAGUAAAGAGGACGUUUUUGCCUGGCUACAGGAGCAGGGCCUCGGCUUGUAUGCAGCUCAGGGACAGAACUGGGUCAAAUCGGGACAAACUUUACUGCAGGCGUCACAACAUGAUUUGGAAAAGGAGCUGGGAAUGAAGCUGCCUCUCCACAGGAAGAAGCUGCAGCUCGCCCUGCAGGCGCUCUCCUCAGAGGGAGAUGACCUUCAGGGCAAACUGGACCACAACUGGGUCACCAGGUGGCUGGAUGACAUCGGCCUCCCGCAGUACAAGAGUAACUUCGAUGAGGCUCGAGUUGAUGGACGCAUGUUGCACUACAUGACAGUGGAAGAUCUGCUGUCUCUGAAGGUGGGGAGCGUCCUUCAUCACCUCAGCAUCAAGAGGGCCAUCCAGGUCCUGCGUCUGAACUCCUAUGACGCAAACUGUCUGAGACGUCGCCCCUCUGAUGAGAACAACAUCACACCGGCUGAGAUCUCCCAGUGGACCAACCACAGAGUGAUGGAGUGGCUCCGCUCCGUCGAUCUGGCCGAGUACGCUCCCAACCUUAGGGGGAGCGGAGUUCAUGGAGGACUAAUGGUGUUGGAGCCCCGAUUCAAUGUGGAAGCGCUCGCCCUCCUGCUCAACAUUCCUCCCAGCAAGACCCUGUUGAGACGCCACCUGGCUACACACUUCCACCUGCUAGUCGGCUCUGAAGCUCAAAGGCUCAAACAGGAGUGUCUGGAAAACCCGGAUUACACGGUCCUCACAGCUACAGCUAAAGUUAAGCCAAGACGUUCAUCUUUUGGUGGUUUCGGCUCCCUGAGGAGGAGACGUCAGGACGACGGGGAGGACUACGUCUGUCCAAUGAAUGUGGAGAUGCCAAAGAGCAGCAGCUUCCAGAGGAACGUCUACGUCUAUGAGGAAACCUUCGACCCCAUGGAGCAGAUGGAAGAUUCCGAGGGAACCGUCAGGCAGAUUGGAGCGUUCUCAGAAGGAAUCAACAAUCUGACGAGCAUGCUAAAGGAAGAUGAGCUCUUCCAGGUGAUCUCAGUUUGCCCCACAGAGGAUAAAACAGAAGUGUAAAACUCCUCCACCUGAGUAUCAGCCUGCAGGUUAUAUCUGACCAAAGUAUUUAGUCUCUAUUCUGUAUUUAUUGAGGUUACUCAUAGCAUGCAUGAAUUAAAAUAUCCAGUUUUUGUGAUUUACAAAACUGACUCACGUUAGAUGAAGGAGCUCUCUUGGCGUCUUUAACCUGUUUGGUAAUGAACAGGGUUGUUGCACCAUCUUAAGCAGACCUGACAGUUUAAAGGCAACAAGAGAGAUCUUCAUACAGACUAACAGCUAUCAAGAAAGCCUUGUAACCAAAGAUGUUUUUAGAAGCAGAAUCUUUGUUGUGCGUUUGAAUUGUUUUCGUAAUAAAAGUUUAAAUCCAA